AAUAAAUGAACUACCAUGAAUUUCUCAUGUGUUGCAGAAUUCAAUUAUUUCGAUACUCCAGAAUAUUUAUCAUUACUUAUGCACAUUGUUACUAUAGUAUCAAUUCCAAUUCAUUGUCUUGGCCUUUAUUGUAUUAUUUACAAGACUCCUGAACGAAUGAAAACAGUUAAAUGGUACCUGUUCGCCUUGCAUUCUUGGAUUGUUGUAUUUGACUAUUCAUUGAGUCUUUUAGCAGUUCCAUUUUUGCUUAUUCCGAAAGCUGCGGGGUAUCCACUCGGACUGUCUAAAUAUACAGAUAUUUCUUUGGCAUAUCAAACAAUAAUUAUUUUGAUCCUUUUUGCGUACAUGGUAAUAUCCAUUGUAUCAAUAUUUGAAAAUCGAUUUUUCAUAAUUUGCACAUUUUCAUUUAAACACCACUGGGUAUAUUUGAGGCGUUUAUGGUUAGCUGCUCAUUACGUCAUCGUAGUAUUUUUAAUGCUCCCUAUGGUAUUCCUUGUCCCUGAAGAAAAUAUUGCUCAGCACAUUUUCGAGCAACUUCCAUGUUUACCUAGCUAUAUUUAUAAUGCUCCAGUGUUUGUUUUUACUGAAGAUAUUACUUAUCACUUUAUCAUAUCAGUCAUAUUUGUUGUUCUUUGUUGUCUUGAAAUUAGCGUAUUUGUUGGAUAUCUUGCCUCAAACAGCUUGGAGCAAUUGAAGCAAAAACGGAUGUCCCCGAAAACAUUUCAACUUCAGAAAAAGUUUUUUAUAGUCCUAGUCAUUCAAAUGUCAAUUCCGUUGAUAUGUUUUCUAUUUCCACUUAUUUCUGCAGCACUGUCAGUUUUACUCAAUUAUUACAACCAGGGAAUGAUUAAUACUGGACUUAUAAUAGCUUCAUUGCAUGGAAUUGUUUCAACAGUCACUAUGCUUCUACUUCAUAGACCAUAUCGGAGAGCAGUGAAAGCAAUUUUCUAUAAAUCUGAAAUGAGCAACCAGACGGAAGAUUCACAAAGUCGGGCUUUCAAGCUACGGCAUUUUAAGACCUAUAAGACAGCUAUCGCUUAG